CCGGGACCCCCGGUCCCGCCAGUGCCAGCUCCGGCCCGUCCCCCCAGGCACUGCGGAGCCCUGCGCGGCUCCAGGAUCCCCCGCGAUGCACAGCGGAGAAUCCCGAGAGAGCCACGGGAAUGCUCCGAGCAGGGUAGCUGGAAUGGAGGCGCCGUAGAGUAGGUAGAAAGGCUGAAUGCUUGGAGUCAAUCACAGAAAAUUUGCUACUGUCACAUCAUCCCUUGCCUUGGAGCCCGGCUCAGGCUUACAGUAAUUCCUGUUGCACAUCACAGUAAGCGGCUCCAGGUGUCAACUGAGCAAAGUCAGGAUCAGCUGCAGUUAUUCCAGAGUACGUGUCCAUGUGCGGAACAUUCCGGAACAGGCCUCCUCCGCAUCAGUCAUCAGCUUCAAUUACCAGUUUUCCGGAGCCAAGCCAUCAGGCAGUCUGACACGAGGGUCCAACCUAAUUCCCACCUUCUCCAAAGUCAAGAGCAUAAUGUGUAGAUGAAAAGGUGGAAAAUAGCCUGGACUUCAUUAGCAUGCAGAGCCCGGCUGUUCAUUUGCUUGCUGCAAAUGGAAGUUCUGACACUCGGCGCCUUCUGCAAUAUGAGAAAAGUCCUCUUCAGAGUAUAUGAUGUCCUCACCAGCCAGCAAAGGUCAUCAAAAAGGCAGGCACUGACCUUGCUCCCUGCUCUUCAUGACUAGUUUAUUGAUUCCAGGAACACCUCAUUACAUGCCGGAUCAACAUAUUAUUGCCAUGUUCAGCGGCUGAAUUGUUUACAAGUGUCUUUAUAACCAGCAGAAAGCCUUCCGGAUGAUGCAUGACUACACUCAUUUGGAUGUGACCUGCCAAUUAGAUGUUAUCCGAUCUGGUGCUGUGUGUUCUGAUCCCUGACCAGGCCUGCUGCCCUGCAUCAGCACGGGCCCAUUUACUACUUCUUCCGAACAGCUCUUUGGAAAAGUGUCCAUUAGCCUGUCAGUCUGUAAAUAUUUUAUUUUUUUACCUCGGCAGCGGUAGAGGCACUACUGGCGCUCCCAGUUUGUCAUUUGCUAUGCAUGAAGUUGAUAAUCAGCUGGGGGAGGCAAGGGGGUGUUUUAUGGCAGCGUCUGAUGGCCCACCCUAUUUGCAGUCAGCAUGCGUGGCCCGUGCUCCUGCGCUGUGUGCCACCCCGCCACAGGGACCCGGCAUAUUUUAUUCUGGCGCCAGCACCACGAGACUGCUGAUUUAUCAGUGGGGGGAAGGCAGGAGCAAACCCCCCCUGUGCUCAGCCUCCCCCUGCCCUGCCUCCAAAGGCCCCAUAACUUACCACCCAGCAAAUGCCUUCCCCCUUCUCCAUCUUUCCGGUGCUUUGUGUUCUUCCUUGUUAAUAUAUUGCACUGUGUUAUUUAUCCUGGCGCGCAGCCUGGGGUAUUUACACACGCGGAGACAUGAGAACUUCAAAAAUAAAUCACAGGGCACGACUACUAUUUUAAUCUCUCACUACAGACACUUCUGUGGCUCCAUAAAGAAAAGAGUGGUGCGGCAGAUUGAUGAGCAAGUCUGUAAAGAGAGAUCUGUGCCAAAAAGUGGUGCUGGGAUCGAUCAUAGCUUCCAGGCACCAGAAGUCUGCACAGGCUGGGGUUUUGAUUUUUCCGCCUCAGCCUUUGGUGGUGAUAGGGUGGCUGAGAUGCCAAAGGAAACUCCAUGCAGCCAGGAUGUAGCUGAUGUGGCAGUGCCAGGAUGUCUGUGGGGGCUGUGGCCUAGCUGGAAUAUGAUAAAAUGUUCACACACAUGGCACUCUCUGCCCAGAGCUGUGCAAACAUUAAUCAAGUUUCCCAGUGCCCCUUGGCAAGUGUCAGUGCUGAAAUUCCCUUGUUGGGGUUAAAUCCAGGGACCAGAAGGGCUAAAGGGCUCCAAGGGUGAACCCACAGCCCCAAAAACACCACAUCUCCAGCAUCCAGAGCCAGCAGUGCAUCUCCCCAAUCCCAAAACCCACCAUGCCAGGCCCUGGGCUGCUGAACCACAGGAAUGUGUCAGGAGGGAGGGAUGCCCAUGCUGGGUGACAGAAAACAGCUGAGGGUUCAAUUCUCUCCUUACAACAUAAAGCAUUGGGAAUUGGGGGCUGGGAAAGGGGGAUUUGAAUUCCUUAAAACAGCACAAUUAGCUUCCAAAAUAAAAACUGGAAUAUGUUUGUUUAAUUAGAGCUGAGGCAAAAUACACACUCAGGUCAAGCCAGCCUUAGGCUCCAGAGACAGCACAGUGCAUUGAUCUGAAUUUCGGAAAGGAGAGGGGAAAGCUUCCAUUUCCUAGCAAAUGCCUGGCUCUGGGCAGCCCUGGAGCUGCUGGUGUUGAAUAUUCAGAAGGCUGAUUCCCCAUGGUGAGCUCAGCCAGCGCUGCAGCCAGGUAACAGCGCAGGCUGGCACAGUGGGAAUGGAGCCUGGGAGCUCCAAAUCCCAAAUGUUGGAUCUCCGCCUGAGCUCAGGGAUCUCCCUCCCCCAGGGAAGGUACCAGGUCUGGCCUGUCCCACAGUCCCAGUGGAGGGUCUGGCCUUAUUUUUGUUGUGUUAAGCCUGCAGUGGUUUAUCAAGUCCCAGACAUCCCUCCAAAUUUGGCACCUCAUCACUUCGCUUCUGUUUGUGUCCCUGUUACUGGAUUUAUGUUCAUGAUGUAAAUUCUCCUUUUAAAUGGGAGAAAAAAAUCAGCUUUUUAUGACAGUAGACAUGAAAGUUGCAUGACAAUGGAGAAGUGCAUUAACCUUUCCUUUAGCUUGGAGAACUUCAUAAUCUUUUAAAAAUCAACUUUUUAUUAAUUUUGGAAUGAUGCUUAAUGCCUGAGGGGAGUGAAGAGCAGUGGCAUUGCCAGUGGACCUCUUUGCCACUCUAAUUUAAGGUCAGGCUUGCAAGUGCUGCAGGAACCACGGCCCAUGCAGAUAUGGAAUCAUGGAAUUGUGAAGGUCGGAAAAGCCCUCUGAGAUCACCAAGUACAAGCAUUCCUCCAGCUCUGCCAAGGCCACCACUAAACAGUGUCCCCAGUUGCCACACCCACACAUCUUUUAAACUCCUCCAGGGAUGGGGACUCAACCACUGCCCAGCUCCAGGGCAGGAGCAGCCAAGCACCACGUCUUCCCAUACAGCCCAUAGGGGUGAAUUAAACUGGUGGUGCUUGGCCAGCCUGGAGCUGGACUUCUGCAUCCAUGGGGGUAAGGAUGAAGAAGCCACCUCAAUUUUAUUGUAAGAUUGGGUUUCCCUGGGAGAAAAUCAGUAUGUCCUUCCUGGGCUGAAAUUUGGAUUUAGCAGGGCAACUGUCAGCCAUUCUUCCUUGGAGACUGGGGCAAGGAGACAGCCAGGAGAACCCAGCCCCUUUCCAGGGGCUUGUGUAGGGAAGGAAGCAGCUGAAGGGCUGUAAAUGCUGCACCCAGCGAGAGCAGUUCGUGGGGCCACAGACCUUACAUGGAUCCACCAGGAGCCUGAAGCUGAGGGACAGAGCCCAGCCCCAUGGCACGCGUGAGCCUCUCCAGGUGGUGGGCACACACUGGGCAGGGUGGGCUCUUAUUAGUUGCUAUUAAUAUAUUAUUUCACAUAUCAUUCUUGAUGGGAUUUUGUUGCAAAGGGCUGCUGAUAUUUUAGGGAUAUGCGGGGCGAAUCUCUGUCCAUGCAGCCAAAUCCCUAGGCCAGGGAUCCGAAGCCACCGGCACAGCCCUCACCGAGUGUUUCCAAACUGAAUAGUCAUUGGUUUGGCAGAUAAUUCAGAAACUAUUUGUAUGAGCUGUUUAUCAAGUUAUUAACUGCACAGAUGUUGUUUGGUUGAAGAGCAGCUGAACCUUCUCUCUGCCAGCCGGGGAGACAAAGGUCUGCAGGAAUAAUUGGAGAUGUGCAUGGAAUAUUAAAUUAAUUUACUGCUCUUAAUUCUUAUGCAAAUCCUGACCUCUGAUAGAGCCUAUCAAUUACCCUGCACACAGGGAAAAGAAAGGAGAACAGUUUCUUUCUUUUCUUUCCCCCUCUCCUUUUUUUCCUGUUGUUCUCCAGUUUGGAGUUUGUUUCUUUGUUGUUGGUGGUGGUUUGUGUUUUUUUUUUUUUUUUUUCCUUUUGAAAGGGAACUUGGGAAAGGAAAUAUUUGUGUGAG